AUGGCAUCAACAUCACAGCCUCCGAGAGGUAAAGCAGCAUGUAAAAAAAUAUUUUGGGCAGUGUUUCCUCAUGCCUGCUUCAUUCUGUCUCUUGUGAUCUAUGCUUUUCUUGGGGCUCUCAUGUUUUCCCACAUUGAAGGUAACCGGAAGGUCAAUUUAAGUGAAGAAUAUAGAAAAUUUCUGCAGAACCUGUGGCACAUCUCCAGAAAUUUAUCAGAUAACAUGACAGAAAAUGAGGAGAUAUUUAAGGAGAAAAUCCAUGCACUGCUCAACACAGCUGAACGAGACUGGUUUGUCAAUCCGAAAGAUAUAUGGACUUUCUUUGGGUCUCUCUUUUUCUGCUGCACAGUAUUCACAACUGUGGGUUAUGGUAAUACCUAUCCUGUGACACGGAUUGGAAAAUAUCUCUGUAUGUUGUACGCUUUAUUUGGCAUCCCCCUGAUGUUCUUGGUCCUGACAGACAUGGGAGACAUCCUUGCAACUGUAUUAUCCAAGUCUUACAAUGAAUUCAGAAAACUACAGUCAAAAAUUCUAGCCUCUAAACUCUGUUCUGGAUCCACAUGUAUGAAAUCCAGAGCACAGUCUAAAGCAGUCAUCAAUGAGCCCUUGACUAUUAUGGAGGUGUUGAAAAGUCAGCCAGGUGUUAAAAAGAAGCCAGUCAAAUAUCGCAAUGCCGAAAUUUUUGAGAUGUUAAUUGCCAGAGAAAAUGAACACCCCAAGCCAGCAAGAAAUAAAAGCAUUGAGAGAUGGAGUUCAUGCCCUGAACUAGCCAGGGGAAAGACAAUGUCCAGAGUCAUUGAGAAUUUUGACAAAAUAGGGAAACAGUUAGAAAAAUUAGAUGUGCCCAUUGUAUUAAUGGUGUUAGUUAUCUUUGUGUACAUCUCCUGUGCAGCUGCUAUUCUUCCGAACUGGGAAACCAGGCUGGAUUUUCAGGAAGCCUUUUAUUUCUGCUUUAUCACCUUGACAACUAUUGGAUUUGGAGAUACAAAACUGGAACAUCCCAAGUUCUUCUUGUUUUUUUCCCUCUAUAUUAUUAUUGGCAUGGAAAUUGUCUUCAUUGCUUUUAAGCUGGGGCAAGACCGCUUAAUUGGUUUGUAUAAAAAGGUGAUUUCAUUUUGUGGAGAGAAAAAGAUGCCAUCAAUGAAGAUAUAUCCAAAGUAA